UUAUACUGCUUCAUCUUGUAGUGACGGAUCGAUUUCGGCCAGUGUCGUGUUGGUUCUCGCUGUGGUUGUGCCUCCAAAGUUACUGAAAGCACAGAGAAAGAAAGAAGAUAAGAAUGGUCUGCAAAAGUUUCACUAAAUUCAAGGUUCUUUAUUUACUGCAAGUUUUUCUCGUUUUCAAAAGUUCCAGCGUCGUUGAAUCUUCCGAAUCUUUCUUCGCCAAAAUGCCUUUCUUCAGACUCGAUGGCGACAUCAUUCAAAGCAUUACAGUACUGGAUAUUUUUCAGUGUKGUUGGAGUUGUGGUGGUGUACCUUCUUGUUUAUCACUGAACAUAGCUGACAGGCCUGACAAAGAUGGUUUGUACGAAUGUCAGCUGCUGACAAAUUGGACGGGGAACGAAUAUUCUGGCCUUAUAAAAGCCUCUCAAGACUAUCAUCACUAUACUCGAGUGACGGAAGUAUGUGUGGCCAACAAGUGUCUAAAUGGAGGAACAUGUGAAGUCCUUGAGUACGAUGACUUCCAGUGCCACUGCCCGAAKGGAUUCAAGGGUAAACUUUGUGAUGAGACAUAUAAAUGGCACAAGAUUAACGCGAGUCCUGUUUGCUUUGGAGCAAAAUACUCAUCAUUUGGCCGUUUUUAUAUCAAUCAAAGUGGAACAGUUAAAGGAAUCAAGCUUGUAUAUGUAUCUGGGUUCGUGGCGCUUAGUGGGGAGAAAGAACAACGAAGCAAAUGGGGUUCUGCUAUCGAUAAACAUCUUUACACCAUCAUAACCAACAGCAACGACCACAGGAUCCUUCCCCAAGAUGAAUUCAUAGAUUAUCAUAACGCACUAGGAUACCUUCUGCCCUACUCCAAUUAUAAUUCUGCAGAGCUCAUUUUUAAGAACUUUACAAACCCCCUGGUGGUAGCCGCUGGCCAGGAGUAUCGCAUUUGGUUCGGUGAAGACCUGACUAAUUCUAACGAAGAAAAUAAUGAAGGGACGACGUGUGUUGAUGUGUAUGUGCUUGCAUUGUUUGACUGACGYAGAAAACUAGAUGGAGAAGUGACGAUGUCCCUAACAAGAACAUAUCAUAUGCAUCAUAUAUGUCUUGCAGACGAAACAUGUGGAACAAACAAUCAGAAAUGUUUGAAUUGCCUGCCCUCGUAAACGAAAAUAAUCUGAAAAAGCUGAUAAAAGAACUGCAGCUAUAUCAAGACCGCAUAGCACUUAUGAAAUACAUGAAGAUAUAGAAAUAUAGAUAAGUUAUAGUGCUUGGGAACGAGGUUAUCCCGGGCGAAAGCCCUUGGAAGUUAAAUUCGGAAAAAUUAAUUUCCGACCUCGCUGGGAAUCGAACCCACGACCUUCGGAAUUGUACUACCGAUGCUCUACCAUCUUCAUGCAGCUAUAUUAGUUUAGUGCUCUUUAUAGAUAUACUGUUGUACUGUUACAACGUGUAAUUAGAACUCUUGGUUUAAACCUUUUCAAGAGAUUUGAGAAAUUUUGGCAAMGAAUAUAAGGUAGAUUUUUGAAAGUUGUGAUGUGUGUUGUGAUGACAAAGAGAAUCGCUCUGAAAAAUUCAACCUACUUGCUGUGGAAUUUAAGGAAGGAAAUUUGAGGAACUUGAGGACAUUGAUAUAGUGAAUUUGCAGAAAUUGUAGUCCAUCGGUGUAGGCAAGAGCUUCGAGAACGAUGUAGGCGAACGAAGUAAACAUAACACAGGGGCGCAGUGCAUUGUAGUUGACUAGGAUUCUUUAAAUUAGCAAAUUUAAUUGGACGUUAGUCCUUUGUCUUCUCAAAAUUGGCUCUUUUGCUCUUCUGGAUCCAACAGAAUAACGUUCGAAAGGUUAUACGUUUUCACKGUGCUAAAGUUUCUUUCUCAUUCUCCUGUUGAACUCAAAAACAAAUUGAGUUUAUGUUUAAGGAUGUGGCUGAUCAUGCAGUGAAAAAUGUUUACAGUUUCAGUUGUUGAUCUACUAUAUAUAAGUUUUGUUUAAAACUUUUCUUUGCGUUUCCUUAUUUCAAAAAAUGCUACCAGUCAUUGAACGAAAAGCGUUAGGGAAAAAAAGRAGAACCAAAACUUAACGGACGGGUGACCAAGGAUGGACCUUAUCAAUGUGUUAAAAACAGUUAACGGCUGCUCAGCUCGAUUAGCUUGCUAUACUGAACAGCUAUUACCUGAAUCUUGGUUAAAUAAUACUAUUGUAAAGCUUAAUUUGAUAUAUAUAUAUAUGUAUAUAUGUAAAUUGGUAAUAAAGAUACUUGUUGUUGAUA